AUGCCCUGGGACACUCAGGCAGAGAAGGAGCUGAGGAUGGAGACCACAGAGGAUAAAGCCCCAUGGCACAACUUCGUAGCAGAGGCCAUUUUGAGUGGCUCCACAGCACAGGAAUCCAAUGGGGAAGAAAAGCCACAGAGAUCCCACAGGAUGAAGGGCUGCAAACCCAGCCCAGGGUACUCUGAAAAGGAAAGACCCGCCCUGAGCCAGGAAGGUGGACAGAGCUUCAGCCAGAGCUCAGAGCUGGUGGUCCAUGAGCAGCUUCAUGAUGGGGAUAAGCCCCACAGGUGCUUGGAGUGUGGGAAGAGGUUCAUGCAGAGCUCCUAUCUCCUCUGCCACCAGCAGAUUCACACUGGGGAGAGGCCCUUCUGCUGCCCCGACUGCGGGAAGGGCUUCAAGUGCAACUCCAGCCUUGUCAGGCACCGGCUCAUUCACUCCGGGGAGAGGCCCUACGAGUGCCCCACUUGUGGGAAGAGGUUUCAGACCAGCUCCAAUCUCCUCCGCCAUGAGCGGAUUCACAGAGAUGAGAGGCCCUUCCGCUGCCCUGAUUGCGGGAAGAGCUUCAAGCUGAACUCCAUCCUCAUCAGGCACCGACGCAUCCACACUGGGGAGAGGCCCUACGAGUACCCCACAUGUGGGAAGAGCUUCACCCAGAGCUCUGACUUGACCAGACAGGAGUCACCG